AUGGCUAUUUUUGGAUUUCGUGCGUCACCGAGACCUGAUGCAUCUAAUCGACGGAAACGCCCGCUUGAGGACCUCUCCGAGAGCCUUGCCGACGCUCACGACAGCAACAGAGACAUGCGCGCACUAACAUGGGACAGAGACGCCCACUGCAACAAGAAUGAUACACAUAUAGUCGAGAUUCUGCCAACAAGGGAGAUGCAGCUGAAUUUAUUCUGUCGCCAGUCCGACUCAGGCAUUCGCAACAAUACAGACACAGAUGAUAACAAUUUUGACCACGAACAGAGUCACCCCGGAAUGAUUCAGCAUAUCGCCAAGCCCAACACACUAACCGACUCUACUGAUUUACGUGAUUUGAUCGACCCAGCACUGAGAUGCCCGUCAUUCUCAGAAGACCUGGUACAAACAUUGGAGGGGCCAUGGCAUGAACAUAAUGACAUUCAGAUGCACCAAGAUUGGGUUCUUCUACGAGAACCAGGGGCGGCCCAUGCCUUGAAGAUGCCGGGCGCAUCGAGAGGGAGACCAUUCCGUGUCGAGUUCCGCAGCGAGGGCCGGGACCUCACGGACCCGGCACAAGCCCCUUGGAUCUCUAAGCAAGAAGUAUUCCGAGCCUCAGAGAGCCCGGCGUUGACGGGUUUGAUAAUCCAGAUGACAGGGUGGGACUGGGAGGGCCCAUGGUGA